CUGGACGCCUAGAGCUCUGGAGGAAUUUAAGAAGAUUUUAAGAGCAUUUCAAGUGCAUGGGAUAGAAGAUGAAUUCUUCCUCCUCCACCGUGAAUGAAGAACCUGACGCUCUGUCAGUAGUUAACCAGCUACGGGAUUUAGCGGCAGAUCCACUAAAUAGAAGAGCCAUCGUCCAAGAUCAGGGAUGUCUGCCUGGCCUGAUUUUGUUUAUGGACCAUCCCAACUCCCCUGUUGUGCACUCAGCUUUGCUUGCUCUUCGAUACUUGGCAGAAUGUCGUGCAAACAGAGACAAGAUGAAAGGAGAACUUGGUAUGAUGCUAAGCUUGCAAAACGUUAUACAAAAGACAACAACUCCAGGAGAAACAAAACUUCUGGCCUCUGAAAUCUAUGAUAUUCUUCAAUCUUCCAACAUGGCAGAUGGUGAUAGUUUUAAUGAAAUGAAUUCACGUCGAAGGAAAGCUCAGUUUUUUCUGGGAACUACGAACAAGUGUGCCAAAACAGUGGUUUUGCACAUAGAUGGUCUUGAUGAUACGUCUCGAAGAAAUCUUUGUGAAGAGGCUUUGUUAAAAAUUAAAGGUGUUAUUAGCUUUACUUUUCAAAUGGCUGUUCAAAGAUGUGUGGUGCGAAUUCGUUCAGAUUUGAAAGCAGAGGCUUUGGCAUCAGCUAUAGCAUCAACCAAGGUUAUGAAAGCUCAGCAAGUUGUGAAACGUGGAAGUGGGGAAGAGAUGCUGGUCCCAUUCCAAGAUACUCCUGUGGAAGUAGAAGAGAACACAGAGCUGCCCGAUUACCUGCCUGAGGAUGAGAGUCCCUCAAAGGAACAGGACAAAGCAGCGUCUCGUGUUGGCUCACACCCAAAGGGUGGAGCGAGCUGGCUGAGCACAGCCGCCGACUUUUUAUCCAGAUCAUUUUACUGGUGACUUCAACUUCAGUUUGGGGCUCAAGGACUAUGUCAACCAACAAGGGGCCAGUUUUCCAUUGUU